CCACCUCGGCCUCCCAAAGUGCUGGGAUGACAAGCGUGAGCCACCAUGCCUGGCCAAGGACUUUGUCUUGUUCCCACGUGUCCUCGGUGUCUAAAACAGACUAGCUUGGGAGGUGCAUGCAAAAUGUUCUCAGCCUGCUUCUGUGUGAAGGCCAGGGUGGGCACCUGUACGGAAUUGGGGUCCCUGAGCCCAUUGGAGUGGGUGCCAUGCUUCAGAGUUGGGGCCCCCUGGCCUGCCAUUCCCCAGCUCUCUGGUCUGACGUCAGCAGUGCGUGGCUUAGGAGAUGAUGAACGUGGCUUCCCGGCGUCCUCUGUUCUCUUUUAGACAAAGGUCCAAGUGAGGACCCUUAGCCCGAGGAGUGGCCCAUGGAGGGUGAGGCCCUGUCUACCCCCCACAUUUUAUGCCCACCCCCACCCCAUCUCUUCUCCCCUGCCCUCCACCUCCCCUUGGCCUCGGGGUCUCUUCCUUCUCUCCAUCCCAUCUCUCUCCAGCACCCUGGUUUGGGGAUGGGAGUCCUGUGGGCUGCCUGAGGUGGGAGGAGAUUUAAAGACCCGUCUUCCAGAAGGUCUUUAGGAGGUACCUGGUCAGAGCUGCGAGCGGUUCCCACUGCUAAGGGAAAUUACAAGGCUUUGUUUUCAUUACACACCCUGCUGCCUUCCGCAAAGGUUUUAAGACUGGGAACUGAGCCUCCUCUAUCUGAACAAGUAGAAUAGAGGCCUGAAAGCACAAAAUUGGCUGUGUCCAGCAGACACGCCCAUUCUGAGGAACAUGAGAAUUCCCACCCUGCUGAGAAUGGAAGUAGGACAGAGAGAGAGGGAGGCCAAGGUGAGGGUGGGUCUGUUUCACCUCUGGAGUACCCUGGAAUGGAAUGAGUGAGUGUCAAAGGAGAGAACCCAGCCUGGCUGGAGGAACCAGGAAGUCUUAACACAGUUCCACUGCCACCUGGUGGCGGCGUGCUCAAUUCGCAGGCUUAGUGUGUACCCACUAGUUCUCAGUCACGUACUAUACUCAGUCACAUACCUAGAAAGACCCAUGGUCACUGCUAGUACACAGAACCUUCCAAAUCUUCAUUUAGACCGGUGGUGCCCUAGAUUUGAUUUCACAAACAAGAUUGUGAGCCCAGGAAUUGUGGAUCUGUCUGCGUGUGACAUUUCUGAGGAAAUAAGUUAUCCACCGCCACCGCCCCAGCCUUCCCCCAUUCCAAGAUCCCACCACAGGGCCAAUCUUGGUACCAGCAGAGCAGGAACAUCAGCCAAGAAGCUGCCACCAAAAAGCCUCAACAGACUGCCUUUUGCCUUCCAGACAGCCACAGUGACGUGAUCCAGCCCCUGUGGAAGCAGGUGGAGCUGCUCGUCAACACACAUUACACCAAGGCCAUUGGCAUCUCGGAGCCCGUCAAGGUGCCGUACUCCAAGUUUCUGAUGCACCCGGAGGAGCUGUUGGUGGUGGAGCUGCGUGAAGGCAUCUCCCUCCGCAGGUCCAACUGCUUUGGGGUCGCCAAGUUCCAGAAGGUUCUGAAGGCCAGCAAUAGCAUCCAGUUUGUCUUCAAGAGGCCUGAGCUGCUCAAAGAGCCCAUCGUGGAGAGUCAAGGAACUGCCUCCUCACUUGGCUUCUCUCCCCCUGCCCUGCCCCCAGAGAGGGACUCCGGGGACCCUCUGGUGGACGAGAACCUGAAGAGACAGGGCUUUCAAGGUAAGGUUGAGCUCAGGGGGAGGUCUGUUGUCCCAGCACCAUGACCUUGACCUGGUUUGGGUUUGGAGGGCCAGGCUGGAAGUGGGGAGGAGCUGGCCCCCAACCUCAGGGCCUAAGGAACCAGGCAAGCCAGGUUGGCAGCCCAGGCCCGGCUGUACCCUGCCAGCUCUGUGUUAGAGACUCCAGGGGAGAGGGGGUGCCUACAGGUGGAUGGUGGGGGGAACUGGGUGGUGGGAGAGUACAGGGCCCAGGAGCCUGUCUGCUCCCCGCCG